AUGGCGAAGAAUAAAGGAAAUGCCGAAUCGGGAAAAGACAAGAGUGCUUUCUUAAGGAAUGGAAAAGUCAACAUGCCAGUGGCGAAAUAUAACGCUUUUUGGACUGAAAAAAUUCAAAUUGGUAACUAUAUUUUGGGGUUAGUCAAAUAUCUAAUUGAUUGUGAGAAGCUCAAGAAAAUAUCUGGUGUUUCAAUGGAGCAGGCAUUAGCAACCCUUUAUUUCCUAGAAGAAAAUAAAAAUGGUGGCGUUGACGGAAAUUGGAUUCCGAGGCGCACCUCCUAUGUAGCUGGUAGGACUCAUUGCUGAUGAAGCUGAAGAUACAGGUCUCAUUCCUGUCCUAAGUAGGCCUUCAGUUGUGGGGAAGCCGUGCCGAAGAGGAAGUUUUAUGGAGAACUUGCUAAAUCUUGCUAAAAAAAUCAAGUAAUGCCAAAUCAAUUGGUGGAAAUGCUAACAAAAUGCAAGUAAAAAGCUAAAAAUGUCUAAAAUGGGCUAAUUUUCGUCAAAUAUUUUUAGCUAUCAGACUAAAAAUGCGCUAAAAAUAAAAAAUAAAUGCUAAAAAACGGCUAAAAAAAAUUUUUUUUGUCUAAAAUGUGCGAAAAUGCUAAAUUAAUAGGAGGCCGCGCUACACUUCACCAUUAAAGGAGUAAGGAAAAAAAUUAUAUUAGUUGUUUUAAUAAUUAAUAGAGUCAAUUAGGAUUAAUAAGAAAUGCAAUAUUAAUAUAUACAAAUAUUAAACAGAUAUUAUAAUAGUAAGUAUUUAAUCUUCUAUAUGCAUCUAAUAUAAUGCAAAAACAUUAAUAACGUAUGAUAUACUAAAAUUGAGAAAAAAUUUUUAGCGCAAUUUUAUUUUGAGAAAAUAAGUAUUUGAGUACGGAAAAGUAUGUAUAUUUAGCAUAGAAACACUGCUUGUACUUUUUUGCGCGAAAUUGAAAUAAAUUCAUAUAAAAUGCACUAUUUAUCAAUAAAUUUCUUUAAUGCAUGCAAUUGAGUUAAAAUGAUUAAGUAUAGCAAUGAAUAGAUUUAAAAUUGGGUAUAGAAAAACGCGUUUUCUUUAUUUUAUUAUAUUAUAUAAUAUCAUUUUGCUUAACUUGAUAAAAAGUUUUAAAUAGAUGAAAAAAUUAGCAAAGAAACUUACCUGAUUUAACAAACUAGCAAAUGCUUAUAGCAAAAUAUACUAUAUGAUUAUAUAAUAUUAAAAUGACAAAUUGGAUUAAAUUUAUCAAAAGCUAAAGAAAAUUUCAUAUAAUUAUAAGAAGCUUCAGUAAAAUUAAAAUUUAUCCAAAAAUUUCCAUUUAAAAAACGAAUAAUUAAAAAAUUGUUCGAAUUGAAAAAUAUUGAUUGUGAUUAGAAAGAAAAAUUAUGAUAAUGUAUGAAUCUGGAUUUAGAGUAUCAAAGAAAAUAAAUUUAAUAUAAAGUAUAAUGUCCUCUUAUAGGAUAAAAAUUAGAUUGGAUAAAUAUCAGUCCAAUACAAGUUCGAAUCAAAAAGAAAAAUGAAAUAAAGUAAUAGCUAAUUUAAUUCUAAUUUUAUUGAAAUCUUUUAUAAAUUAAAAUAUAUGGUUUUUCUUCAGUAAUCUGACUCUUUAUUGAAUCAUCUAGCUUCAUAAUUUUCCCUUCAAACAUCAUUCCAUCAUGAUAAUAUAAUCCGUUUUUAAGAAAUAAAAUUCUCCACCUUUAUUAAUCUUAGGAUCCUUAAUGAUACUUGUAAAAUGCCCGUUUUUAUAUAAUAUUGCUGAACUAAAAUCAUAUUUCGCAUCAUUUUCCAUGUAAAUAAUUUAGAUCAUUAAUUUCUACUUCAUAGUGAUCAUUUUCUGCGAAGAUUAUCAAAUACAUAGGCCACUCAAUUAGCGUGAUUUUGCAGUCUGCUACGCCUUUACAAUGUGAACAUUGCUGAAAUGUAUUUCUAAAUCUAUAAAAUUAAAAAAUUGAUGGAAUUCUUUGAAUUCUUUAAUAUCUGAAUCAAUGCAAAAUUCUAGUAAAGAACUUAGUUCAGUCCGAAUUUUUUGGCCUUGGAAACCGCAGCAAUCACAUGAUAAAUAGCUCUCAUAAGAAAUCCUAAAUUCUUUGCAUACAGAAAGCAUGUAAAACAGUGAACUAAUAUGUCCUUCCAAGUUUUUUAGCACUCUGUAAUGGCUUAUGCUUUUUCCAAAAUUUUUCUAUUGCAUCAUUAGAUUGAUUUGUUUAAAGCUUCCAUAGUCUCCACCAAAUCUCUAAUCCUUUCAUCUUCUAAAUAUGCAUCAAAUAUAUUUUGUUCAUGGUUUAAGAUUGAUAAAGUGACAACAGUAAAAAAGCUGUCGAAUCUGCAUGAACUAUUUUUCCAUCGGAUUCACUGAAAAUCGCUUACUGGCACAACUUUUCUUUUAACGGGUUUAGGAUUGAAAGGACUCUUGACUAUUCUCUUACCUGUUAAGAUCUUCUUCUUUAGUGGAGUCAUGAAUGUUGCUUUUUCAUCGAUGUCUGAAUUUUCAUCUUCAUCAUCUUCAUCAUCUUCUUCAUCAAUUUUAUUUUCUUUUUUAUUCUUUUCAUUCUUUCCUUUUUCUUCUUCUGGCAUUUCAAGAUUAGAAUGCGUUGAAUUUUGACUAGUUGACUCAGUUUCUGAGUCAUUUUCAAUUGUUUUUUGAGAUUCGCCUUCUAGUAUCUUUGCUUUUGAUCUAAAGACAACAGGUUUAUUGCCGCAAGCAAUUAUAUCAUCAUAAAAGUACUUAUAUAGAUUUUGGAGUGCUAAUAUGAAAUCACUUCACAUGAAAUUGACACCUUUAUCCUUGAAAAACUUCUUAAUUUCUCCAUUAAUCCCUUCGAGCAUGGAAUUAGAUCUAUAUCUACGCUCUUCUAUAGAGCUAUAAUUAAGAGUGUUAUCUCGAAAAUAUUUUAAUCAGGUUUUCUUGAAGUAAUUUAUGAAUUUCAUAAGUGAUUCAGAUUCAAUGAAUUCUUUUUCAAUAUUUGCAACCUCUACCUCCAAAUCAUCUAUUUUAUAGCAUAGUUUUUCUAUUCUUUUAAUAAUUUGAUCAGUUUUAUUUCUCAGUUCUGAUGCCUCUUUCUUUUUGUAAAUCCCAAGUGCUUUUGCUUUUCUUUUCAAGCUUUUAUUAAGGUGAUAAAAGCAGCCAAUAAUUCUUUGAUUUGGAAAAGACUCCUUUAUGCUAGAUAUCAAUGCUUGCUCAAAAUCAAUUGUUAUAGAACUCAACUUCAUUGGAAAUCCUGAUAUGGAUAUAUGAAAUUUUUUAUAAGUGUAAAAAUAUAUGAAUAUAAUCAUUUUUCUCUUGAACUCAUAGCUGCAAAGCAGCCAGGCAUUCUUUUUUUGGGAUACUGGAUCAUAUAUUGCUAUAACUAGUAGUUGGCUAAAUUCUCCUUGAGGCAAAAUCUUGAAAGUUCCAUCAAUAUAUCAGUGAGUGGCUUGCCUCAGCUGUGACAACUGCCAAUCUGUUGCUCAUACAAUGAACUUAUAAUUUUUGUUGUUAAUAUUAAGACUUUCCAUGAUUGCGAAGAAAUUGAAUUCCUAUAUCUUUUAUUGUUGAGAAUUGAAAUGAUGCCGUAUACCAAUCAUUUCAGCCACAUUCUAGUUUGAUUUCUUUUAAUUUUUGCUUAAGACUUGUUUUAUUAAUGCCUGCCAUUAAUGAUGAAUGCUCUCUUUUUAAAAUUAAUUCUACCUCUUCAUUAUUCAAAUAAGGAGAUUGUGAAACUAUAUGUUUUAAAAUAGAAAUGAGCUCUUGCUCUUGCUGAACAUUAACUUUUGGAUUUUCUUGUGGAAUUUCUUCAUGAUUAGAAUGGUCCUUAAGAAUUUCUGCCCUUACUGCGUUUUUUACAGGGUUUUGAAUCCUACAAGAUGCGCGGCAAAUUUUUAUUGACACAGUAAUAAUAAGAAAAAUUUGCAUGUGAAUUCUUUCUUCUAGAAUAAUAAGUAUUGUUGAUGCAAAUUUGAGUAUAAGCUUCAUGCCAAACGAAAGAGGUGUAAUUGCCUUUCAUUGCUAUAAGUAUUUUAUAUAUUAUAUUUAUCCAUUAUUGUAAAUAAAAAUAAUUAAUUAAUUAAUUCUAACCUAUAUUGAAUUACUUUUAUUUAUUCUAAUUUUUAAAGUCAAUUCAGGGUUGCUUAUCAUACAUAAGCCAAUAUACCUUUGCAUUAAAGUUAUGCUCUUUCGUACAGUAAACCUAGAAUAAUGUUUUUACCAUAACCUUUUUUCUUCUAAAUUUUUUAUACAAUCUAUUUUUUAAUUGGAAUUUUUUGAUAAAUUUUAAUUUUACUGAAGCUUCUUAUAAUGAUUUGAAAUUUCCUUUAGCUUUUUGAUAAAUUUAAUCCAAUUUGUCAUUUUAAUAUUAUAUAAUCAUAUAGUAUAUUUUUCUAUAAGCAUUUGCUAGUUGUUAAAUCAGGUAAGUUUCUUUGCUAAUUUUUUCAUCUAUUUAAAACUUUUUAUUAAGUUAAGCAAAAUGAUAUUAUAUAAUAUAAUAAAAUAAAGAAAAACGCGUUUUGCUAUACCCAAUUUAAUCUAUUCAUUGCUAUACUUAAUCAUUUUAACUCAAUUGCAUGCAUUAAAGAAAUUUAUUGAUAAAUAGUGCAUUUUAUAUGAAUUUAUUUCAAUUUCGCGCAAAAAAGUACAAGCAGUGUUUCUAUGAAAAAUAUGCAUACUUUUCCGUACUCAAAUACUUAUUUUUCCCAAAAUAAAAUUGCGCUAAAAAUUUUUUCUCAAUUUUAGUAUAUCAUACGCUAUUAAUGCUUUUGCAUUAUAUUAGAUGCAUAUAGAAGAUUAAAUACUUACUAUUAUAAUAUCUGUUUAAUAUUUGUAUAUAUUAAUAUUGCAUUUCUUAUUAAUCCUAAUUGACUCUAUUAAUUAUUUAAAAAACUUAUAUAAUUUUUUCCCUUACUCCUUUAAUGGUGAAGUGUAGCGCGGCCUCCUAUUAAUUUAGCAUUUUCGCACAUUUUAGACAAAAAAAAAUUUUUUAGCCGUUUUUUAGCAUUUAUUUUUUUAUUUUUAGCGCAUUUUAGUCUGAUAGCUAAAAUAUUUGACGAAAAUUAGCCCAUUUUAGACAUUUUUAGCUUUUACUUGCAUUUUGUUAGCAUUUUCACCAAUUGAUUUGGCAUUACUUGAUUUUUUUAGCAAGAUUUAGCAAGUUCUCCGAAGUUUUAUUUCUCCCCCGAAGGUUUUCCCUGUCCCUGCCAGAUGGGCUAGACAGGUUUUUCCUACCACAUGGUCUUCCUUCAUCGGUACCAUCGGGGCACUCAGACAGAAGUGGCUCUGUCCAAAGGAGCUGAUCCCUUGGACAGGUGGUUUUGACGAGAAAUCAAGAUGGCGUCGGGCCUGGGAGUAUGGCCACAUCAGAACCCGACCUGGAGUCGUCUUUCGAGCUGAGAUGUUGAGGUCCGCUGGUUCGCCCACGUAUGGCCUUUUAAAACUAACUAACUAACUUUAUUUCCUAGUCAUUUCUGAAUCAUACUCGCCCAGCGAUGAAAAAUUCCUAGCUUCUUUAUCAGAAGCCCGUCAACGCUGGGAAAAUCAUAGGACUAAUCAUCCUACAUUAAAUUUGAUGUUUGAUGAAAUAAUGACAUGCGUUUUGAGAAUUCCCAAUGAAAGAGAAGAAAUUAUCCCAUUGAUUAUCACACAUGCAACCAAAUUCCAGCCUCCAAUUAGAGAUUUUGAAGAUAUAAACUACUUGAACUAUCUUGGCCAAGAAAUUAAAGUUGAAACUCCUCAAGAUUUGCAAGUUCACUUAGGCAGUGGGAGUAUUCAUCGGCUCCAUGUCAAAUGACCAUGGGUUUUUGACAGUGUAUACAUUUCAUCGAAAUCCAUUUGGUCGAAAAUUUUUGAUAGUGCGGACAUUUGGCCGAAAAUAAACGUUUUUUUCGGUCAAAUGUCUAACUAUAAAAAUUUUCGAUCAAUUUUUGGCCAAAAUUUUUCGAUGAAAUGGACACUAUCAAAAAGGCAAAGUCAUUUGGCCUACAUCCGUAUUCAUCUGUCUCCGAACCCAAAGUUUUCGAUACUUGACUGUGGAGAAUUGACUAUGGUUUAUACUUUCUUGAAAAAUUAUAUAAAAACAACGUCACACAUGCCUGUGAGUUUUCUUGAUAUUUUUCAUAGAAAAAUCCAAGAAAUUAUCAUUUCUGUAAGAUCGAGCAACCCAAGAGUUGCUGAAGCGUCUUUGCUGCCUGUUUUGCAUAUUUUGGAGCAGCUUAUUACAAGGUAUCCAAUUAUGAAUUAUGAGGCAAUUGAAUCUUUGAUAUUGGAAAUUGAUGUUCUUCGAAGGUGGCCUAUUCCUUAUGGGUCUUCUGCAGAUAGACUUGUAGAGCUUUUAAAAGAUGAAAUGAAAUCUCCGGGGAAUUCAAUGAUAAAUAAGCUAAGGGAGGAAUUCCCUAUGAUUGAUGCAUGCAUUCCAUUAUUUGAAAGCUCUUAUGAUACCUAUCAAAAACAAGAAUUCAGACGAGCCAAUGCUUUUGUAUUUUUAGAUAUAGCCAUGAACCGAAAUUGAUAGGCCUGGGCUAGGAGAAUGCCUAGAAACUUCCCGAGUUAGUUCUCCAACCAAGUUAACGAACCAACUCGGGGAGUUGGCAUAUGCUUUAUAUCGGGCCUAUUUGCCAAAUCCCGAAUUCACUUGUCAACUUGGGUUGGAGAACCAACUCGGGAAGUUUUUAGGCAUUUUUCCAGCCCAGACCGAUCAAUAUCGAUUCCUGGCUACAUCAAUGAAAGUCCAGAAGUUGGACUCUUUUAUAAAUUAUCAUUGCUCAAUCGAAAACACAGAGAAGAAAAAUUAACGCCCCCUCCAUAAGCGAACAAAACAAUUGGAAAAAUCUCUAUUUUUUGCCCAAAGCCCACCCUCUAAGCAAAUAAAACAUUUUUAUUUAUGAUGUAUAUAAGUGAUAAUUACUAUAAUGAAAUGUCUAGCUAAUUCUGUUUAAUUUUCAACAGCUUGCAUUUUAAAACAUAAAUUUUACAAAUUAAAUAAAUGUUUGCUUUCCAAUUGGUGUAAAAAUAUUUUUUUUAAAAAAAAAGUUAACCCUUCCGAUAACGAACAGUCGCUCACGGAAGGGGGAGUAAGAGAUAUUAUUCAAAAUGUUGAUAUGGGAAGGACUAUCAAUUUCACAGCAUUUCAGAGCCAUGUUUUACGAUUAAUGAUCAUUCUAUUUGUCUUUUCCAAUCAUCACGAUAUUAACAUUCAGGAUGUUUCUUAUUUGUCUGGGUUAAGUCCUGAAAAUGUAUUUGACUUAUAUAAGAGAGUGAUACUCAUUAUUGAAAAAGCUGGAGAAGUUGAAGUUGAGCAUGCUAGAAAGCUUCAAGAAGAUUUUUUCUUAGAGCUGCUUGUUGAGAUGAAUAACUUUUCUUGUGAUGAUUCAAAUCCCUUAACAACAGCUCUUUUUACUUACAUCCCCAGUAAUAAGAAAUUCUUGCUUAUUUGUAGGUUUUUCCACAAAAUUUUCAAAUAGUAAAUUUAUAUAAAUAGAUCGAAGUUCACUUAUUAUUGGGGCUAAAGCCCCAAAAUUUGGAUUUUGCACUUUUACCUGAAAAUCCCUCAAUAAUAAGUGAAUUUUGGUCUAUUCAUAUAAAUAUACUAUUUGAAAAUUUUGUGCAAAACCUCAACAAAUAAGCAAGAAUUUGCUAUUAUGAGGUGAAGUUUUUGAGUAAUUUCAGUAUAUAUACUCCACAAUUUCCAAUUCACACUAUCUCGAUUAUUGACAUUUCGCAGAUAGAUGAGCCAUUACCAACUGAUACUGAUGUCACAAAUAGGACAGUGGACGAGUCAAUUUUUAACCUCCAAGCAGAAAAAUCAGUGAAUGAGCCUUUGUAUGAGGUGUUUCAAAGAAGCAUAAAUCCUGAUAAUGCUUUUCAUAUGGCUCCUAUCAAAAUAGUUUUAACAGGCAGCGACCAAAUCAUUCAUAGGUUUUUAAAAAGCUAUGUUAGACUGCUUGAAAGAAAGAAUCCAGAUGAAAUGGACAUUCGUAUAUAUAUCGUUCCCACGUAUGAUGUCUAUAAUACUCUAGCCCAAUAUUUAUCUACCAUUGACAGCUGAUAUCUAAGACACAUUUAUGUUCCAUUCGCAUUAAGACCUUGGGUACCUAGGCUAGACUCAAAAGAAGCCAUAAAACAAAUGAAAAAAGACCCACAAGCAAAAGAUAUUAUAAGGAGAUCGGUUGCACUUGAUCCAUCUUCAGAUGGAGGAUUAAGAGAAGACACUCUUCCUUUCAUAUACUCAGAAGCUCUGCUUCAAGACUACAUUAUGGAAGCAUCAAGGACUCUUCCAAUAUCAAUUUAUCAAGUGAAAUGCUAUAAAGGGGAAGUCAAUGAUGCAACUUUACCUGAUAUUGUGAUACCCUUCUGCCUACACAUAAGAAUUGGGAUCACUGCAGCAAUAAGAAGGUUUCAAGAAAAAAAUGAAGGAUUCAAAGAUAAAUCCCCACAGGAUAUAAUGGAAUGCAAACUUUUCAGAUACGUCCCUAUACAAUUGAAUAUGAGAUUGACGCAAAUGGAUUUAUUUGGGAUAGAAUAUGCUACGACUGAGUCAGCCACAAGAGUUAUUUAUAAUAUGAACAUUUCCAAUGUGCCAUGUGAAAACGAUAAAACUACUCCUGCAAUCCCAAGCGCUGAGUGGCUUGAGUUAUCUUAUAUAGAGCCUGAAUCAGCUCAGCAAGAAGCAGCAUACAUGAAAAGGAUAAAAAGCAAAAAGACAGGAGACACUCAGGCUAAUGUGAAUGUGGCUAUCUCAACGCUUUAUUCUUCGUUGCAUAUUGGGAGUGGGUAUAUUGUUAUGUCAGACAACUCGAGAGGAAUGGAUAUAUUAGUUGAUGAUGUCCUUUAUGGACCAUUUAGUGGCAUUUCGAUUGAGCCGCUAAAACAGGAGAAUGGAUCUGUAAUGUAUUUACCAGCAAUGGUAUAUUUAGAGCCAGAAUUAUAA